CUCCCCUCGGUGAUGAAAGAGGAACAUCAGAGGCUAUAAAGUCUUCCUGAAGCCUCAGAAGAGAGAGAGUUUACAUCUGGACCAACGCUGACAUUUAACGAUGAGACCUGUCACCGUGUUGCUGGCUGUGUGUGCAGCUGUAUUGUGUGUGUGUGACGCCGUAAAGUUCGGUCAGCUCUGCAGUGGAAACUCUGCCAACACCAGGAGGACCUCAGACCCCCACGGACAGGGACACUACGGAGCCAGACGGGGAACCCGGGAACACAAAGGUCUGGACAUCGUGUGCAGAGACGGGUCGACUGUCUACGCUCCGUUUGACGUGACUCUCCACGGAAAAGUCAUCGUCUACACUGAUCCCGCGAAGGCCGCCAUCAACAGCGGCAUCAACCUGAGAGGAGAGGGCUUGUGUUUCAAGUUGUUCUACGUUCAGCCGGACCGAACCUCUGGGUCAGUGAGGAAGGGGGAGCGGCUCGGCGUCAUGCUGCCCAUGCAGACCGUUUACCCAGGAAUCACCUCUCACAUCCACGUCCAGAUGUGCGACAAGAGCAACCCCACAGCGUACUUCUGAUCACCUCACGAGGAAGCCUGUCACUUCUCUUUGUCAACAUGAACUCCUUUUCAAAUGUUGCCGUUAUAAACCAAUAAAGUUUAAAGACUCA